AUGUCUCACUACCAUUUCAUCAAAUGUUGUUGUUUCCAGCUAUGUAAUGUCUUUCGUCAGAACAUGGAGAUAGACCAGUGUCUACUGGAGUCUCUCCCCAUUGGCCAGCGCCAGCGGCUGGUCAGGAGGAUGCGCUGUGACCAAAUAAGGGCCUACUAUGAGCGGGAAAAGAGCAUUCAGCGUCAGCAAGGUGCAAUCAAGGUUCGAUCAUGGUCCACCCACCGCAAGAAGUACCAUGUCCGCUUCAGCCCCACCGAUGUCCUGCAGGAUGCCAUCAUUCGCCAUGACGACAAAGAAGUGUUGCGUCUCCUGAAGGAAGGAGCUGAUCCCAGCAGUCCCAUUUCUUCUGGGGGAUCCUUGCUACACUUGUGUGCUCGCCACGACAAUGUCUUCGUGGCCGAGCUUCUGAUUGAUCGAGGCCUGAAUGUCAACCUGCAGGACGAGGACCAGUGGACAGCCCUGCAUGUAGCGUGUGUGUGUGACCAUGCGGAUGUCGUACUAUUGCUACUGCUGACUGGAGUGAAUGUUAUGCUGCAGGACGUCAACGGAAACAUUCCUCUGGACUACACCUCCGAGGGAACAGAGAGCAGCUACAUCCUCAGAAAACACCUGGAGGAAAAUGGUGUGGAUGUGUCCUCUAUGCAUGCCAUGAAGACACAGAGACCCAGCACCAUGUUGUCUGAUGUUAGACAGCUUGUAGCCACAGGCGCUAGCCUCAGCCAGCCCAACGAAGAGGGGGUCACUCUGCUCCACAUAGCAUGUGCCAGUGGUUACAGAGAGGUGGUGUCUGUGUUGCUGGGGAGUGGAGCGGACCCUCAUCCUGCUGACGACAACUUUUGGACCCCUCUUCACCUGGCUGCUAAAUAUGGACAGACAAGCAUCGUUAGCCAGCUCCUGAGACACGGGGCGAACCCGACUCUGUUGAACUGCAACCAAGACAAGCCCUCAGGCAACGCUGCAUCAGAGCCUAUAGCUGACAUGCUUCUUAAGGCAGAGGAGAGCUGGCUGCAGAGACUGAAGGACCCCUCCGCUCCUCUACCCCCCACAGACCAACGCUACGAUGGGGGAUCACACGACCUCACCACACCUGUCAAGAACAUGAACCCCUUGGGCCUCUCUAUCUCUAAGCGGGACAGUCUGCUUGAAAAAUCUGCCAUGUUCAGAGAGGCAGGUGGAACACUGUGCGGACAGCAGUCCCAGGAUAAUUGCCUAGAUGGCCCCUUUAGCUCUGGAGGCAGUAAACUGGAACAGGUCAAGCUGAUGCCUCCGGCCCCUAAUGAUGACUUGGCGUCCCUCAGUGAGCUGACUGACAGCAGCCUUCUCUAUGAGAUGCAGAAGCGCUUCGGCAACGAUCAAAUUUAUACGUACAUUGGACACAUCCUUCUGCUGGUCAAUCCAAAUAAAGAGCUGCCCAUCUAUUCCACUUUGGUGAGUCAGUUGUACCUGAGCUCCACAGGUCGUCUGUGCUCCUCUUUGCCCCCCCACAUCUUCUCCUCAGCAGAGAGAGCUUACCACAUGAUGUUGCAGGAGAGACGCCCGCAGUGUUUCAUCUUAAGUGGUGAAAGUGGGUCUGGAAAAUCAGAGGCAUGCAAACACAUAGUGAGACACCUGACAGCCCGCUCCAACACCAAAGGCUUUGCACUGGAUCCCAGAAUGAGACACGUGAACUGUAUUCUGGAGGCCUUUGGUCAUGCAAAAACCCAGAGGAACAUCAGCUCAAGCCGCUUUAUAAAGUUGUUGACCAUUCAAUACUGUGACAAGAGGAGGACACCGCUCAGAGCCCGUGUGUACACGUACAUGUUGGAGAGGUCUCGUCUGGUCCAACCGGCUCCAAACCAGCACAACUUCAACAUCUUCUAUCUGAUGGCUGAAGGCCUGUCACCUGAGGAGAAGAGCACACUUUACCUCAACAAUGUCCUGGCUCAUAGGUAUCUUAGUGGGGGAUUUCCAGGGGAGAGCCCUCCAGUAGCUAAAGCCUCGACCCAGAGCAGGGAACGCUUCGCAGCAGUCAUACAAGCCCUGCGAGCCCUGGGCUUCAACAAGCAGGAGGUUGACUCAGUGUUUACGCUGCUUUCCGCUCUGCUCCAUAUUGGGGACAUACGUUUCACCGCAUUGACAGAAGCCGAUACAGCCUUCCCUUCUGACCUGCAGCUGUUGGAGAGAGUUGCUGGAUUGUUGCAGGUGUCCUCCAACGACCUAAGCACCGCCCUCACAUCUGAUGUCCAGUACUUUAAAGGUGAUGUGAUCACUCGCCGCCACACUGUAGAGAUGUCAGAACAGUACAGAGACCAACUUGCCAAGGCCAUCUAUGGACGCCUCUUCAGCUAUCUGGUCAACAGUAUCAACCACGACCUUCAGGGACAGAAUGACCACAUUGGCGAUCCUGCCCUGGAAAUUGGGAUCUUGGACAUAUUUGGGUUUGAAGAAUUUCAGAGGAAUGGAUUUGAGCAGCUGUGUGUGAACAUGACCAAUGAGCGGCUGAGGCAGUACGUCUCUGAGGUGCUAUUCCAGCAGGAGCAGGCUGAGUGUCUGCAGGAGGGCAUCGCCAUGGAGACCCCAUGCUCCCACAGCAACCAGUCAGCCGUUCUGGACUUCUUUCUUCAGAGACCUCAGGGACUUCUGUGUGUGCUGGAUGAGGAGAGCCAGAGCCCGCGGCCAGUAGAGCAGACCCUGUAUAAGAGGCUUUCCACACAGCUGGACUCCAAUCCCAUUCACGGCCUUUCUCUCACCACCAAGGAUGGCAAUGGAAACCCCCCACCUCAAGAUCAGGGCCCGGCCUUCAUUGUCAGCCACUACGCUGGACAGAUUUCAUAUGAUCUCACGGGAUCAAUCACAAGAAACAAAGACCUCCUUCCUCAGAAUCUCUUGUUUACGAUGAAGUCUAGUGAGAGUGUGUUAUUGCAGCAGCUCUUCCAGUCCAAACUGACUCAGACCGGGUCGCUGGUGCCAGCCUCUCUGGGCCGCAUGGGACUGAGGGGGCCUAAAGCUGCCCUGUUGCUCCACAGGAUGCCAUCAGCCUCCCUUUUCACUGCCAACUCUGUCCCCCAGCAGCCUCGGCGGUACCAUGACCUUACCAAGGUCUUAAAGAAGAAAGGCUCAAGCUCCUUCCUCCAGAGGCUGGAGCGAUGUGGGCCAAUCACAGUGGCCGUCCAGCUGAGGAACUCGCUGUCAGAGGUGAUCAGCAAACUGCAGGCUUGCACGCCUCACUUUGUGGAGUGUGUCCGCCCCAACGCCUGCAGUCAGCCAGACAGUUUUGACAGCCUCCAUGUGUCCACCCAGCUGCAGUACAUUGGGGUGCUUGAGAUGGUGCGCAUGAUCCGUUAUGGAUACCCCGUCCGCUUGUCCUUCCCAGGCUUCCUCAGCAGAUAUAAAGACCUUGUGAUCCCAGCUUUGGCAGACAAGAAGAAACUGUCACCAGAGGAGAAAUGUCGCUCAGUUCUGCAACAGUCCAAACUCCAGGGAUGGCAGAUGGGCAGCAGUAAAGUCUUUCUCAGAUACUGGCAGGCAGACCAGCUUAACGAUCGCUGCUACCAGCUUCGUAAAAAGAUCAUCACCUGUCAGCGAGUGGCGCGUGGCUGGCUGGCCAGGCAGCAGGUCCAUCGCAUGCUGUCCUUGCAGCAGAAAGACGAGAGCAGUGUGCAGCGUUUCCUGCAGGGGGCAGAGGACAUGGGGCUGCGAACCUAUGACCAGCUGGUCAUUCAAAAUGCAUCCGACAUUGCACGAGAGAGCGACCGUUUGCGCUGCCACAGCAACAGCCUUCGCAAUACCAUUGGCAACAGCCCACCACUCGGUGAGAGGCCGGAGCCAGUGGGUAUGGAAGAGGAUCAGCCUGUUAGGAGGGUUGUUGAGAAAGGUGGGAAAGUCCACGAGGGCCUCAUCAACGGGGGCGGUCGAGUCAUUCGCCACUUUCGGUCCAGCUCAGUACCCAUCCCCCUCGCCAUGGAGAUUAUGGUCCCUUCCAAUGCCAGUCCACCCAUCAAACCAGUCCUGCAGCAGGUCACUCAUGCCAAUGAGGAUGGGGCAGGCGGGGGGAGUCUCUCAUCUCCUCGGAAGCAACCUCCUCCCAAACCAAAGAGGGACCCCAACACACGUCUGAGUGCAUCUUAUGAAGCAGUUAGUGCUGGGUUGACGAUGGCAGCUAAAGAGUGCCACACUCCAGAGGGCUACUGUUCACCAGCUGGAAGCCCCCCUAAGUCCCAGCUGUCCCCCACAGACCCUGCAGCCUCGUCUAAGCCCCGCCCCCACAGUGAUGACUACACCACCAUGAGGAAGGUGCCGCCCCCCAAACCAAAGCGCAGUCCCAACACUAAGCUGACGGGCUCGUACGAAGAUAUCAACGCCGUAGCGCCCAGACUCAGCCAGCUGCGUCCUGCUGAUGUAAAGCUGGCCUUGCUGUCCCGUGGCGGUGGAUUUGGAGGGUUUGGGGGUUUCAUGCAGAGAGCAGCCUCCAUCGAUGCUCCACAAGGGGUGGCACUGAGCCUGUUCCAGGGCCAUGAUGAGGAGGACGUGUACAUAGAAAUGGUGGGCUCCCAGCCACGGGCUCGGAGCCUCCAGGAGCCGCCUGACAGUCCAGAGCAGGCGUCCGACUCAGAAGCCGUCUACGAGGAGAUGAAGUAUUUCCCUCAUGAAGAUGGUGGACCUCCUGCCACUGUGAUUACCAAGGCAGCGAAACUGGAGGCUCUAGGCUUGGGCUUGGUGGGAUUAGUGACAUCUCCUCCUCAGAGUGGGGAGACUAAACGUGUGGCAGGAGGCCUGGCUGCCUCCAUGGACAUAGCUUACUCACACAGCACAUCUAGCAGUGGAGCUAACAAAGGUCAACAUGGCAAGGAUGGCAGCUGUGACAUCCCCGCUCCCUUUCCCAACUUGCUGCCGCACCGCCCACCUCUCCUGGUGUUCCCCCCUUCCCCCGUCACCUGUUCCCCUGCUUCAGACGAGUCACCCCUCACCCCACUGGAGGUCAAAAAGCUGCCAGUGUUUGAGACAAACCUGAACUACGCUACUGGCCCAGACAGCCCUCUGUCUCCUCAGUAUGCCCGCCAGAGGGCUGACUCCUCCCCCAGCCUCACUGUCCUCAUGCCAGAGAAGAAGUGUACACCUCCACUCACCCCUCCACCUCCACCUCCUCCGCCCAGUGCACUCCCUCCUCCCUACAGACCCCCUUCACACUUCCCCUUCCCCCCUGAGUCCAACUUCCUGUCUCUGACACGGGCAGCAUCUGUCACUGGGGGCUCGGACUCUGCCAAAACGUCUUCACAAAGGGCAGUGGGGGAACCCCUGGGGAAGCCGCCCCCCUACUCCCCAGUGAAGAUGUCUCGUCCCGAGCCUCGGAGAGCGCACUCGUGCUCCUCCUCUCCACUGCUGUUCAACCCAGCCAAUGGCAGACCCCUGACCAGUCCCCUGGAUGAACUCAACACCCUGUUCAGCUCCGGACGCACCCUACUGAGGAAGUCCACAUCUGGCCGGAAAAAGAGAGAUGGAGGAUUCAAUUCUAAUAUAAAUCUGCCAGGGAGGGAAGAAUGUGGCUCCGCCCCCAACUCGCCAUCCCUGCUGCUACAGGACAAGAACGCCAACAACCACCAUCCCCACUCCUCAAGCUCCGCCCCCUUGGAAAACGGCAACCAGAUUUCAAACGGGUCGCUGGAGGAUGAGAGUCACAGCAAGUUAAACUCCUCCAACUCCAGCUCCAUGCACAGACGCAUGGACAGCCAUCACACUCAGGUGUUCCAGAGGCUCCGUUUGUCCAAUGGCAAUGACAGCUCGGCCCUGGGAGAGCUCCUGCGAUGGCGGCGAGGGCAGUGUGAGGGGCGGGGCAACUGGAAGCAUCGCCCACCUCAGUCCCCGCCCCUGCCCCCCACGCUGCUCUGGACCAAUAGGAAGGCCUCUCCAUGACGGAGGCUGUGUCUGUUUCUC